ACCUUGGCCUACUAGAUUUGAAUAGCUGAAUAUUGUUUAUUGUUUUUGCGUCUCUUGACCCUUGCCUCUCUGAUUGAAUAUGGUCAAUAUGGCCGAGCAGGUAUUCCCUCACUCACAAAUUAGUGUAUGUGAUAAUUGCGCGAGAAAGGUUAUACCCUCAUCAGUCUCUCGGCGUUCGCGAGAAAGCUGUAGCAAAACGAGCGAAAUGACUGCCGCAAAUGAGUAGCGAGCGGUUCUUUUCUCUCUCCCGCGUUCUCGACCCAAGAGGUUUUCCCUCCACAUUAUUUGACUAUUGGCGUCGCCAUAUGACGUGAUAUGUUACGCUAGGCGUACCAUGCCAUAGCUAAAGACUCUUUCACAACCGUAAACAUUGAGUCAAAUGUUCGGUAGAAUCGCAGCGUCCGCCGGCAAAUAUAAGGGCAGAAAUAGUGAGUUGAGAAGAAAUCUAGAUCAGGGCAGGAAUUCACCUUGACCCUUAUCCCUUCUAACAACGGCUAGAUACGCACUUUUCAAACAUUUCUGAAAAAGGUAGGGAAAUAUACCUUCAUCAGGAAGCAAGAUUUCGUUGUAGCAAAAUGUCUUCCUCAUAUACAAGGUAGUGUAUGAUAUAGUGUUGUAAAGUGUGUUCUACAGUAAGGCUUUUGAUCGGCGCUCUAUUCAUCAUUAGGCUGAGCCUAGGAAUUUUUAGGGAUAUCACCAGUAGUUUUAGGGAGAGCACAAGUCGCCUAAAUUUAACCGUUGUAUUCAUUUUUUCACGCCACAGUUUUUUUAGUUGUAUGCGUACAAACUAUUGUGACAAUACAUUCGGUCAUGUCGGAAAACGAAUUUCAGACGAAAACAGAGGAAAAUGUUACGAAUGACAAAGGGCAGGCCCAAAAGAUAGACCCUGAAUUUGCCGUGGCGGCAGGUAGGCGACAGACUGCAGGGUAUGACAUGGCUAUUUUCUCUCUUACUUCAUUACGCAGCAUUGACGCUAAUAUGUCGUCUUUAAAGUGAUAUGGCCACUGCAUUUAGUGUUAUAAAGGUUUAUGUAGGUGCGGGUGUAUUAGCCUUACCUAAAGAGUUUCGAGAGAGCGGUAUAGUAGCGGCACUGGUAUUUAUGGUUAUUUUGUCUGCUCUAUCAAUUCAUACUCUGUUCCUGCUGGUUUAUAGUAAGCAGAGGCUUCUAAAACUCGGACACACGCGAGACAGAUGGUGAUGUCUGCAAGGUGGCCUUUGGCAGGUGGGGAAAUGUGGCAAAGGUUAUUGUUGAUUGCCUACUUGUGUUCACUCAGAUCGGGUUUUGCUGUAGUUAUCUUAUAUUCAUGUCUAGAAAUGUCGGCACAUUGUUUGACGCGCAUAUCUACUGGAAAUAUUUUGUCAUCGUUUGGAUAGCCCUAUUGACAGGGAUGACGAUGAUUCGUACAGUUAAGAGUUUGGGUCCCUUCGCGACUGUCGCAACCAUACUUUUAUCAUUAAGUUUGUUCAUUAUUUUGAUCGGCGCUUGUGUAUCUUGGCAUUUGAACAUCACAAGCAACACCUCACCAAAACUACGACUCUUCGACAUCUCUAAUGUACCUAAUAUGAUCGGGGUUGCUAUCUUUUCUUUUGAAGGCAUAGGAUUCAUUCUUCCUGCUCACACGGCAAUCAAAAAGCGCUCUCAUUUUACUCCACUCAUUGUCGUGUGCAUUACUUUCAUCGCAUCUCUGUAUGUUAUUUUCGGUACAAUAGGAUACCUCGGGUUUGGGGACAGUAUCCAAGACAUUGCCUUGAAUUCCUUCGAUGUACUUCCUGGCCAAGCCUGGGCCAUCAUUCGCAAGAUCACGUUAGUAGCUAUCUUACUCGCUAUUUUCGUCACCUACCCUAUGCAAAUGUUUGUAGCGUUGGACAUAUUAGAGAACAAGUUAUUUGACCCAGCUGUUCGUACACGUAAAAAAUGGUGGAUUCAAAACCUGUUCCGGUUUUGCGUAGUGCUUUUAACUGCCCUUGUGGCCUUGGUCGUCCCUAAGCUCAACACCAUCAUGGCAUUUAUAGGAAGUUUAGGCAGUGCGCCUUUGCAGUAUAUCUUCCCAUCGACAAUUUAUAUUCUCAUUUAUCGUGAUGAAAUUAACAUUGCUACGAAAGCACUGAUUGGUUCAUAUGUAGUUAUCGGCUUUGUGGCGCUGAUAUUUGGUACAUACACUAGUCUGAGAGAUAUUGUCCUGUCAUACUAAGUAUAUAAGUAUAACAGGAAAAAAUAGAAGGGAAAAGCUAGAUUGCUGUAUCACUUCUAGCUCCUCUACAUGUGUUGUUUGCUACAGGAGGAUAAUGCAUGCAGGGUUGUAUGAAUACUGAAAAACGUAGCACUACUCCUUCACAUAGUAUCGAUGAAAAAAUAAAGAAUAGGAUGCUACCUCGCUAUGCAUGUUUUUCUAGAUUA